GAAAAAAAUCGUAAAUAGUCCUCACACAAACAAAACAAUUGAUCCAGAUGAUUUGCAUGUGACUGGGACACGGGCUGAGUUGAGUGUCUGAGAUUGGAAACUGGAACUGGCCACUCAAGAGCCACUGACGCUAGUGAGGCAAUCCUCCCACAUUCUGCCAACGUCGUCAUUCCUCCUCCUCAUCGCAUCGUCUUGAAUUGCUCAUCCAUCAUCUCCGUAUCUAUUCACUACACCACAGACUCAAACUGCAACUUGUCCACUCUAACACAACUCAGCAAUAGACUGUAACAUCUGCAAUUUCGAAGAAGUCCGCAAUCCUCCUCCCAGUCGAAAUGUCUUUCCAAGAUAAGGCACAGGCCCAUAUCACCCAGAUCGACAAGGAGCUUUCCAAGUACCCAGUCUUGAACAACCUCGAGAAGCAGACAUCCGUCCCCAAGGUCUACGCAUUCCUCGGUCUGAUCGCGACCUAUUUCUUCUUUAUCUUCUUCAACAUCGGUGGUCAACUCCUUACCAAUGUCGCUGGCUUCAUAAUCCCUGGAUAUUACUCGCUCGAGGCUCUGUUCAGUGUUGGAAAGAGUGAUGAUACCCAAUGGCUUACUUACUGGGUUGUAUUCGCUUUCUUGACUGUGUUUGAGAGCUUGGUUAGCGCCGUUUACUGGUUCCCAUUCUACUACACAUUCAAGUUCAUCUUCGUCCUCUGGCUCGCCCUCCCAGCUACUAGCGGAGCUCAAAUUGUUUUCCGCUCGUUUGUCCAGCCAGUCUUUGCCCGCUACUUCUCUGGCCCUGGUGCCACUGCUGCCAACCUCCGUUCCAAGGUUGACGCUGCUGGUGACAAGACCUUGUAAGCGGCUCAACUACACGACCUCCCAUUAUGGACUGCUAAGCCACGCAACGCCAAUUCAUUGAUCGGCUAGCAUCAGGGAUGCAAACAAAUAUGGAAAGGGUGGGAAAUCGGAAAUAGGGAUGGAGGAGAAUAUCAUCAUAUAGGGACUGGAUGGCUUUAUGACGAGGGGGUUGUGGUGAAAUAAUGAAGGCAAUUAUGACAUUCAUGGCUUUUGGACGAAUCUCAUCCGGGCUUGGGAACGUUUUUCAAGGGUUUCUAUAGAUUGAUGUACGGAAAGUCAAUCAACAGCGUUUCGAACGAGAGAAAUAAACUACA